AUGGAGCUCCGCGAGCCACCAUUCACAGGAAAUAAACAGAUUUUGGUGAGUUUUUGCGUUCGAUACCGUCGCUUUCUCACUCGCACGGCGACCAAAAGUGUAGAAAGAGGCGUGGCCUAAUCUGUGGCGCGUUUUCUGAAAAUUACCGCAAUUCCAGCACUUUUCCGAUAUUUUUGUGUUUGAUAUCGACGAAAGAAGAGACAUUAAAGAGAGAAAACAGGCAUUUAAUUCGGAGGGUACAAAAAUUAGGGGGUACAACAGGGCACAAAUGGUUUUGGGGUACAACUUUCAUGGUUUUGGGGUACAAAAAGUCGAGGGUACAAAAUUUUCGAUUCUGGGGUACAAAAAUUUACCGAUUCAGUAGGCAUUGAUUAAGGGGUACAACUUUUAUGAUUUAAGGGUACAAAUUUCACGAUUUUGGGGUACAAAAAUUGCACGAAGCACAUUUUCGAAGUUUUCAUUUCAGUUUUGAAUUUUUGAGAGCUCACGAGACACAGUCGUGUGUAGCCAUGCUUUGUUUUAUGCAGUAUUUUGUGUCAUUUCGAGAAAAAAACUUUACUUGGGUAAAUUUCACACACAACAUCAGAUGCUGAAAUUCUGCUGUGAAAUUGCAGAAUUUAAAAGGGCCAAAACAGCAAAACAACUUGUAAGUAAUAUUAUAGGGGCACCGAAUAGAAAGGACGCUCUGUUCGCAAUCUGGCCAAAUUUCUAGUCCGCGAAGUAAUUUUCCACUGAGAACGUGGCCUAACUUUUCAAACUCGGCCCCGAGCUCAAUCAAUUUGCACUGCAAAAAAGUUUAUCAAUAGAGCGCCCUUUCUGUUCGGUGCCCCUAUAAUAACAAAAGGGUCGCCGUUUGAACCACUGUCUAUCGGAAGCAAAAUGCUUCGAGGGGUCAUGAAAUCUCAUUUAAAAAACAUCUCUGGAACUGAUCAAGCGGUUCGGAGUACAAAACAUUCACGGAGUAAAAAAAUUUUGUAAAACAACUAAAAACAUUCACUGAAUUGAUGAAACCCAUAAAUCCCAUGAAAAAAUGGGAAAAAAAUUGUUGUACCCCAAAAUCGUGAAAUUUUGUACCCUUAAAUCAUAAAAGUUGUACCCCUUAAUCAAUGCCUACUGAAUCGGUAAAUUUUUGUACCCCAGAAUCGAAAAUUUUGUACCCUCGACUUUUUGUACCCCAAAACAACUUGUACCCUGUUGUACCCCCUAAUUUUUGUACCCUCCGAAUUAAAUGCCGAGAAAACAUCGAAAUUUUCGUGAAAACGCCGCGUUUGACACGUUUUUGGCUUAUUUCGCAAUACGCCCUCCGCGGCCAAUCGCCGCCGCAAUUUCGGAAUUGUAAUACCGGCCGAUCUGGAUCGGUUUUGAGACGAAGUGAGUGUCGGAAGUGAUUAAGCACGUUAAUACAAGUAUUUUGAGCGUUCAAACGGCAAAAAGUAUUGGCGAAUGACUGAAAUUCGCGCAUUUUCAGCACAAAACUUAAAAUCGAUUCAAUUGAUUGAAUUUCUGAAUGAAACCUGCUCGUUUUAAGCUCAAAAAGUGCGCGAUGAUUAGUUUAACAAAGUUAUGCAAUUACAUCGUCGAAAUCGUACAAAAUUUGGGUAAUUUUUGACGAAAAACAUGCAAAAUGGGGUUAAAUUACGAAUUUCGCGCCAAAAUGGUGAUAAACCGUGCACGCGCUAGGCCACGCCCCUUUCUACGUUUUUGGUCGCCGUGACUCGUCGAUAAAAUGUGUCGGAAACCCAAUUGCAGAUAUGGUCCUCAACGCUCGAAAGUGCCGAUGGAAUUGCAAUUACAGCCGAGCAUCCGAAAUCGAAAUUGCUGCAAGAACACACGGGAAGACCCGUUUUAGAGGUUUUCUUUUUUCAUUUACAGGCCUGCGCAGAGUCUUGUACUAAAAAAGAAUGAUAUUUACAGAUUUUUCCACAAAAACCUUAUGAAGACUCUCACGAAAUCGUCACCUGUAUGAGCCCGAUUUCCAAUGAUUUUGAGCUUGUUCUGAGCGGUAAAUGUUUGAAAUUCUGCGAUGCAUUUAUCGAUUCAUUCUCUUUCAGCGCUGACCGCCUCCAUCUCGAUGGGAUCGUUCGUCGUGGUCCCGUUCGAAGAGCUGAACGGCGAAUUUUACAAAUUUCUAAAAAUGUUCGAACACUCGGGAAAUGUCCGUCUCCACGCGCAUCCGAUUCUUCGACAUUCGCCGCGAAUGACAAAAACCAACGCGCACGCAAAAAUGCUCAAAUUGAAAUCGGAUUUGGCGCAACUUUUCUGCUUUCAAAUGUACAACGCACGCUCGAAAUUUUUGAUUUUCCAAAACGCCGACAACAUUGUGCUGCCGAUUUUGUCGUCGUCGGGCGAUUUUUCAAAUUAUUCGCGUGAAUUCCACGCGCUUUUCGAAUUGCCACGUGUUGCCGGGCACGGCAUUCUCGAGUACAACGCCCGAAUUUCGAUAGAAAAACGGUUCGGCGAUUUUGAAGAUUUUUCCGUUCAAAACGCGAUCGAGACGGCAAAAAUCGAGGUGCUGAGCGGAAAUUCGAAGGUGCUCGUCAUGAAAGCGGUGAGCGAUGCACAGACACGGCGUUUUUACACUACGCUUUUUUUUUUGCAGAACCAGGGCGACGUCAAAUCGCACGCGAAAAUGUACAAUUUACGCAAUUCGGAUCGCCGCAAAAUCAGCCCGAAAAUAAUGGAGAAAAUCGAGGAGACGAUGGAGAAGGCGGAAGAAUCGGACGCGUUCUGGACGUUGAUCAAAAAUUGUUCGAUGGGAAACAAGAGACGCAAAAAUUGGAGAUGCUCGUCGCAAAAGUGUGUUCGGCCGGCGAGCAGACACCGGUCCCUGCACGGAUGGUACUCUUAUCACCUACAUUUCUCACAAUUUUUGAGAGUUGACAGUUUUGAUUGCAAGGAUGACUGAUUAUCGAUUUUUUUUUUGUAAAUAGAUUUUUUUUACGAGGCGACUUCUCGUCUCUUUCUUAAUUCAAAAAAUCAAAUACCCCCUCAAAACACACCUCCUUCAUGGCCGCCACUUGCGAAUUCUUCGACGGCGUCGUCAUCGCAUCUGAAAGAUCGUUCCCGUUUUCACUGUGCUUCGAGCAGACUUACUCUCUCCGGCUCGUCGUGCCCGACACAUUUUUGCGCCUUUUUUCAUUCAAAAAAAAAAGUCGAAAUGCAAGUGCGCCUUUUUGACCGAUUUGUGCGUCGCCGGCAAAAAUUAACAACCAACAAAAAUCGACGUUCAUCGUGAUUGUAACAAAUUGGUUUCAAAAAUUGAGGAGAAUAAUCGUCAAGUGAUAAAAAUUUUACAAAAAUUUGAAAAAUUCCGAGUAAGUGGGUGAAGUGUUCAGACAAAUUGGAGAUUUAG